UUAAACAGACACAGUUAAGACUCUAGUACUCAAAGCUGAUGACACGAGGAGGGCAAGAUUUCCUUGUCAUGCUUUUUCCUCCCCUUGAAGUUUAGAGAGCCCAAAUUUCUAAUACCGCUAUAUAUGUAUAUAUUGUUAUGCUCUAUGUACAUAUUUUUUUCUUGCUGGGAGAUGUACUAGUUUAGGCAGUUGUAUUGCAGGCUAGAUCCUUCCCUCCAGUUCCAGAAAGGAUGUCUAAAGAUUACAGUCAAUGUUGAUUUCUGUCUAACUCAGAUUUCAUUAAAAACAAAAUUUUUCCAGAGGGCCUCACAUCAAUGGACAGCGCUCUUCACAUACACCCAAUAUGGAAAACCUCUUUGUACCACUUCAGGGCAAUUACAGAUUCCAGUCAGAAAGCUAACAUGAUCCCUUUUUUAACCUCUUUUCCUAAAUUAGUUUAAAGAUUAGUCCCAUAUAAUAGGCUUUAUGUGGCUAAGCAUUAAAUGACUAUCCAUCAAAUGGAUAUAUUCCAGCAUUUAGUAAUUCAUAUGAGUAACCGAUAUAAAUGAAGAUAGAAUUGACAUUCUUUUUGAAGUGUCUUUAGGCUUGGGCUAUAACUUUCCUUGUCUGCAUUCCAGACUCAGUUGUGAGAAAUGUUUAUACUGCUCUUUAAAAAAAAUCAACGAAGGUGCACCAGCUGAAAUAUCCUUAUUCUGCAUGCCAAUGUGAAAGUUAUUUUUAGAAUGGUGACUCUGCUAGUUUGCCCUGCUUUAAUCUAGCCUGAAAAAGAGCACUUAGGUGUAUUUAUAAGUCAGACAAGGGAAGGCACACAUUAACAAUAAGGUAUCAGUGGUUACUUCAAAGAUCAACGUUAGGUGGAAUGAAUAAGUUAUUUAUUAAUAAUGGCAUCGUUUAGCCAUCAAAUUUCAAUUAGCAAAUGGCAGGCAACAGUUCCCUCUCCCUCCCUUCCGGAACUAUUGAUAUCGUUAAUAUGCUAAUUUUCAGCAAUUCAGAAAUUAUGGACUGUCCUGUAAAUAUAACUCUAGCCCUAGAUACAGUUUGAGAAAGCAGCGUCCAGAAGAGAAAGCAAAACCCUUAGCUCGAAAAGACCUGUCCGCGAUCAGACCCGACAAGGGCUUGCUGGGGGAUUGUUCUAAAAUAGGAAGUUACUGGCUUCAAAGUUUUUUUUUUUUUUUUUUUUUGUGGAGGCGCUGCUUCUUUCCAUUCCUAUCCUUGGGCCACAGUCUCUCACAGUCGCACCUAGUAAAAACAGACAUAUUUAGUUUUUUUUUUUUUUUCUGGUACCGGGAAUCGAACUCACGACCUUGCGCUUGCCAGACAAGCGGUGUGCCGCUGAGCUAAAUCUCCAGCCCAAAACAGACAUUGUUUAGUUCUCAUGUCCACACCAGUCAAAUUAGAUGCUAUUAGGAAGGUUCCAAAAAUUUUAGGAGAAAAGCCCAGUCGGUCUCUAAAAGAAUUAAAAAGGGGAAAAAAUACAGACAGUGCCCAUCUGGUUAUACUGGGAUGGCCCUGCUUUACAUCCUUGUGCAGAUUUCUCUAAGCUGCCCUCCCAUCUCCCCACUGCGGCUCCUGCCAGGCUUCUCAAGCAAGGACUCGAGCAGACCAGACCGCAGUGCGUGGGGAAGGAAUCAACGGGUGAGAAAGCGGGUGCGCUGGCUCAUUCGUUUUAUUCCCGGGCCAGGAUAAAACCCGGGACGUCCCUUGGUCUCGAUGCCCUUCCCUCUCCCAGCGGGCCUCGAACCCUGGAGUACGCGCGGCCCGACUGGGCUAGAGGUCAGCGCUGAGCCGCAGCCGCCUCUUCUCAGAGGGGCAGGUCAGAAGGAGGACCUGCAUAGGGCCCGAGAGGACCUACAGCCUGUCAGGCCCCGAAUUCCCAGCAGGAAUUCGAGUCACCGGGGCUGGAGGACCGAAACCCCAGCUCACUGCCCCCGCCUCGGGCGGGACAGCGACAUCCAUCACCCACCCGCGCGUUUCCUGAUCCGGGUCCGCGCGCGCGGAGCGCCCAUUGGUGAGGGCGUUGCACGUGGGGCGGGGCAGGGCGCGCGCGGGGCCUGGGCGAAACGCGCGCGCGCACGCGUGCGGGCGGGGGAGGAGCGCCUCGAACUUUGGCGGUGGCGUCGGCGGGAGGGGGAGGGGAGGGCACUUGACAGCGGGGGGAGGGGAAGGGCGCAAAGGAAAGGGGGAUGGGUAGCGAGGCAGGAGGGGGAGGGGCCUCCGCGAGCCCAGAAAAACGACAACGCGAGAAAAAUUAGUAUUUUUGCACUUCACAAAUUAAUGACCAUGAGCUCGUUUUUGAUAAACUCCAACUACAUCGAGCCCAAGUUCCCUCCCUUCGAGGAGUACGCGCAGCACAGCGGCCCGGGCGGCGGAGACGGAGGCCCGGGCGGGGGGCCCGGCUACCAGCCCCCGGCACCCGCGACCCAGCACCUGCCGCCGGAGGCCGCCCCGGCCACCCCGGGCGUCCCGGCAGGGGGCAGCGCCCCCGCGUGCCCGCUGCUGCUGGCGGACAAGAGCCCGCCGGGCCUGAAGGGCAAGGAGCCCGUGGUGUACCCCUGGAUGAAGAAGAUCCAUGUCAGCGCCGUGAACCCCAGUUAUAACGGAGGGGAGCCCAAGCGCUCUCGAACCGCCUACACCCGGCAGCAGGUCUUGGAGCUGGAGAAGGAGUUCCAUUUUAACCGCUACCUGACCCGGCGGCGCCGCAUUGAGAUCGCCCACACGCUCUGCCUGUCUGAACGCCAGGUCAAGAUCUGGUUUCAGAACCGGAGAAUGAAGUGGAAGAAAGAUCACAAACUACCCAACACCAAGAUGCGAUCCUCCAACCCAGCCUCCACCCAGGCCUCUUCAGGCCCACCAGGGAAAGCACAAACUCAGAGCCCGCAACCCCAUCCCCACUCCCUCCCUGGCGCCUCCACCCCCAUCCCUUCCUCCAUAUAAUCUUCUAGACACCUAGUUCAGUUUCCAUCCCUUAUCUGCUUUUCUCUUCUCCUACCCAUUUCGCCACUUACUCCUCCCCCUCCUCUCCACUGUAACAGACACCAAAAUAAAACCUAGCUUGGUGAAAAGAUAACCAAAAGGAAGAGAUUAUCCCCGGUAAGAGCAUGAGCUGGUUGCCACCCAAGAGAGGACAAUUGUUCAGGAUGCUGUUUGGUGGAACAAUCUGCAGGCCUGAAGUAGGCUGCCAAGUUUGGAUACCUGGGAAGGACUACUUGGCAUCAAAUACAUUUGAGUUGUCUAAAGUCAGCUGACAGUGCAUGCUGACUGGGGAAGUGUAUAUUUGCGCAAGCAGAAUAAAACAGACCCUUUCUCACCUUCUUUACCUUUCCCUCAUCCAUUAAGGCAGCUCAUACAAGGUUGUAAUGGACUGAAUAAAUGAGUAGAUACUGUGGACCUCACAAGAUUAUUUAAUUCUCAAAGUGUGUAGCUCUUGAUGGUAUGUGUGACUGUUAGUUUCCCUUUCUUGCAUUUAUUUAAGAUAUUGUCAUUGAGAUACUGUUGUCUUAUUCUGGGGAUCUACCUUUGGGAAGAGGGGGAUGCAUUUCGACACAUGUGCAACUGUACAAAUUGUGAUAUGGCUGUAUAGAAAGCCAUGAGCUAAGAAUAAACUUCAUUUUAAAAAAAUA